AUGUAUAUUGAAUAUUUUGAAUGUACAAAUCUUUCUACAAUCUCACUAUCCAAUAUAUCCAAUGAUCCUGUGAUGAAAUUUAUUAUUCGUUUUCAUCUUAUUUAUCCAUGGUUAUUGUUUCCAUUUGGUUUUAUUGGUUCAUUAUUAACAAUAUUAAUAUUUACGAGAAAAAAAUUUCAAAAAUUUGGUUGUUCAAUAUUAUUUGUUGCAGAAAGUGUUAUGGAUUUAUUAUUAAUUACAAUAAAUUGUAUUCAUCUUAUUAUACUUUAUACAUUUAAAUCUUAUUUUUUUCAACGUUCACUUUAUUUAUAUCGACUUUAUAAAUUUUCAACAAAUUAUUUUUCUCAUUGUGCUGUAUGGAUUUUAUGUGUAAUAUCACUUGAACGUGCUGUUGUUACACGAAAAUAUAUUUGGUAUCAAAAUGCUUUUAGUCGUAGACAUUCAUAUUGUAUAUUAAUUAUUGUAUAUACAAUAUUAUUUUUUCUUAAUAUGCAUUAUUUAAUAUUUUUUCGUCCUGAACCAUCUAUUAAUGCAUAUGAUCGUUUUUUAAAAUUUUAUUUAUCAUGGAUGGAUUUUUUAAUAAAUUCUUUAAUUCCAUUUAUAAUAAUAUUAUUAGCUAAUGCAACUGUUAUGUAUUCUGUAUGUGAAUCUCAUAUAUUAAAGAAAGAAUUAGGUUUAAGACAAACACGUUCAGGACGUGAUACACAAUUAGCAUAUAUUUUAUUUGUAUCAACAUUACUUUUUGUUUUAUUAACAUUUCCAUUACGUGUAUUUUCUGUUAUUGAACCACAUUUAACACAUGAAAAACAAUAUUUAAUUUUAUUAGAUGGUAUUAUGAGAUUUUUAUUAUAUCUUGAUCAUGGUUGUGGAUUUUAUUUCUAUACAUUUACUGGUGAAUUAUUUCGUCGUGAAUUUAAAAGAUUCAUUUAUGAUUUCUUAUUUCUUAUUUUUCGGCGACGUUUUUUUAAUUUAUCAGCAGUUGAAUCACGACGUCAAAGUGAAAUAAGUGGUUCAAAUGGUGGUGCUAUUGUUUUACAUAUAAUUUAUUCUAAUCCUCAUCCUCAUCAUCAUCAUCACCAUCACCAACAACAACAACAACAUGGAAAUAUUAAAUUACAAGAUUCACCAAAAAAUUGUGGAAUUAAUAAAUCAUCUUUACAUCCAUUACAAUUACAGAAAACUUUUUGUCAAACAUCAUUUCAAUCGGAAUGUACUUAUAAUAAACCGCGCCAAAUUCGUUCAUUUUCAAGUUCACCAUGCCGUACAACGAUAAAUCCUGAUAUAGGACAACAACGUUUAUUUAAUUCGACUAUUAUUACUAAUAAUAAUACUCAAAUUCAUGUUGUUAAACGACAUAGUUUAUCUGGUUUUGAAUUUCCAUAUCAAACUUUAACAGUAUCAGUGACAUCAUUAAAUAAUCCAGAUCGAAAAAGUGCUAUUAUUUAG